CAGGUACUUUCUCUUUUGAAAUGAUUACUCAAUUUAAAUUUUUAUUUUUAAUAAAAAUGGUGCAAAAUAAAAUUUUAUAUACUGUACAAUUAUUUAGAGACAUAACAGUAUUAUAUAGUUAGACACUCCACGUGUGUAUGCCUAGUCCACUAGAUUCUUUGAAACGCUUCUUUACGCGUGCAUGCUUAAUCCAUUCGAUCCUUUGAAAUGUAUCCCUUUGGAUGCUGCUACUUCCUACUCUGCAGGAAAGCUGGCCAGCGAUAAAUCGCGGCCGUGAGGGUUCGAACCUGCGAUCUCGCGAUUGGAUGCUAGGGCCUCUACCACUAGGCCACCCCUUAAAAAAAAAAAAAUAAAUAAAAUAAAAUAAGAACUCGAGCUUCUCUAUUUCAUUUGUUUUUCGGUGUAUCCGUCGAAAACGGCAUUGUUUUUCCCAGGACAGAUCACCAAAAAUCUUGGGGGGAGAUCCCAAAUUGGCCGGUUUGUUCAGAUCCAAAAUUCCCAGUGAGCUCCUCUCUUCUGAUUCUUCAUUGACCUUCUAAGUUUUCUUUUUCUUUGAUUGAUCGACUCCAGUUUCUUCUGAUUUUUACAUGAAAUUAUGAAAUUCAAGUUUCAAUUUUGGCGUUUUGCAUCGCGAAUUUGAUACAGUGAAGUUUUAGCCAAUGUGGUUCCUCAUUAUGCUGAUGGGUUUUGCUUCUUUGUCUUGGCUUGUUACAAUGGCGCCAUUGGUUGCUUUAGAAAUGUUUGAGGAAAUGAUUUAACCCACACACGAUUUUUGACCUUAAAGUUCGAACGAAUUGUAAAUAAUGAAAAGGAACUGAUAUAGACAGAACAAAUGAAAAUCAUGUCAGAGCCUUUCCAAAUUUUUUUUAGGAUUUUCUUUUAUUCUGAUUCAUAUAGCUACUGAGGAUGACCAUAGAAACAUUAUUAAUCUGUUUCAUCAUUGUUUCUUCUGUUCAAGUAUUCAGUUUGACUUUAUAAAUUAUGCAUCUACCUGCUAUUGUGCUACUUGUUCUGCGUGAUCUUGAACUUUUAGUCAGCUAUUGUCACCUCUCUCAAUGUCUGAAUAAAAAUCAAGUCCUAACUCCAGAUUUUCAGUUUAGACGGGAUGCUUUCAAAAUUAUGUUUUGUGUGUCAUCUUGUGUGUAUGCUCUACCACUUUUUUUUGGCCCGGGGGAGGGGGGGGGGGGGUCUGAUCGCUUUUCCCUCUUAUGCUGUGUUAUCUUCUUCCAUGUUUUUCUCAGUAUCAUAGUCUGUUUUAGUGGUAGAUCUAAUUGUCUCUCAUGAACAGGGAGAAACUUAUCAUGGGAACAGAUAGUCAAAGUUUGCAUUUGAAUACAUCUUAUGAUGAAUGGGUAUCUCUACCAGUGCCUGGUCCACGACCAGCUGCUCGCUACAAGCAUGCAGCAGCUGUAGUUGAUGGGAAGUUAUAUGUUACCGGUGGAAGUCGUAAUGGUCGCUACUUGUCUGAUGUCCAGGUUUUUGAUCUAAAGAGUUUGACAUGGUCCACUGUGAAGUUAAACUCCAAAGUUGAUGCCGUUAAGGUUACUGAGGGCAUUCAGAUUGAAAGCCUCCCUGCAAUAGCUGGCCACAGUAUGGUGAGAUGUUGACCUACAUACAAUGCUUCCUUUUCACCUGAUAGGCAUGCUGUGCUUACUUAUCUGAAUAUUUUCAGAAGGUUUUUUUUUUGUUAAAAAAAAAACCUAGGAACUUACUUUAUCUAUCCUCUUUAUGGUUGGAAAUUUUCCUUGUGUAACUUGGUUACCACAUUAUAUGUACAGAUAAAGUGGGGAAACAGGCUACUGCUUGUUGCUGGGCAUUCAAAAAAUGCUUCUAAUGAAGUGACAGGUUCUUAUGCCUCGAUGGCUCAUUUUUCCAAACAAAAUCUUGGAUAUCUUCUUUAAAAUUUACACCUUGUUUUUAUUUAAUGUAGUUUGGUUUAUCGACCUGGAAACCCACCAAUCUGGUAUCAUAGAGACACAUGGAAAAGUGCCGGUAGCUCGUGGUGGACAAUCCAUUACAUUGGUGGGUUCUAAACUUCUAAUGUUUGGUGGGGAAGAUAGGCAAAGGCGAUUGCUCAAUGAUGUCCAGAUUUUGGAUCUAGAGACUAUGACUUGGAGUUCUUUUGAGACUACGCAGACACCUCCAGCUCCAAGGUUUGAUCAUGCAGCAGCACUCCACGCAGAACGUUACCUAUUAAUUUUUGGUGGUUGUUCUCAUUCAAUCUUUUUUAAUGAUCUCUAUGUUCUGGAUUUGGAAACGUUGGAAUGGUCUCAACCACAAAUUCAAGGGGACUUGGUGCAACCUAGGGCUGGUCAUGCUGGUGUCACUAUGGAUGAAAAUUGGUACAUAGUUGGUGGUGGAGAUAACAAAAAUGGUGCUGGAGAGACUCUUGUGCUAAAUAUGUCCAAGUUAGUUAUGUCAGUUUUAACCAGUGUGAAGGGAAGGGAUCCAUUGGCCAGUGAGGGCCUUAGUCUUUCAUCGACCCAGAUAGAUAAUGAGAACUUCUUGGUUGCCUUUGGUGGCUACAAUGGGAAGUAUAAUAACGAGAUUUUUGUUAUGAAGCCUAAACCCAGAGAUGCUUUACCUCCGAAAGUUCUCCAAUCUCCGGCAGCUGCAGCUGCGGCCGCCUCCGUUACUGCUGCAUAUGCAUUGAGCAAAUCUGAAAAAUUGGACUUCCCUGAAAGAGAAGAAUCAAAUCUGAAAGUCAUCCAGGUGGAUCAUUCUCAGCAAGACCUUUCAAUCCAAAUCAGCAAGCUGAAAGAGGAAAAAAGUUCAUUGGAAUUGGCCCUUGAGGUGGUCAGUUCAGAAAACUCUACCCUUAAAGCUAAGAUUGUGGAAACUAAUGCAACCCAUGCUGAGCUUUCAAAGGAGCUUCACUCUGUUCAAGCUCAGGUUGUGGGUGAGAGAUCAAGAUGUGCUAAACUUGAGGCACAAAUAGCUGAGCUUCAGAAGAUGCUCGAGUCAAUGCAGUCCAUAGAGGAAGAAGUGCAAGAACUAAGAAAACAAAAAUCUGAAUUUGAGCGUGAUAUGGAACAUGCAGCCGCUGCUCAGGCGCAGAGGCAAAACUCUGGUGGUGUAUGGAGGUGGAUUGCUGGAUGAAUUAUGGAAACCGAAUCACAUCGGGGAGAUCUCACGACGCCACAGUGAACUGUAGGAUUUCAGUUAUUUUAUUCUAUCCAGAAAUUAUUAUACAUGGAUGCUUUUGGAAGAGAAAAGAGGAAAGUUUGAUUAUAAUCUUAUAGUAAUCUCAUCUUGUUUGGAUUCUUGUUUAUCUACAUCAGGUGUAACAUAUACGAUAUCGUUUCCUCCCCCCCCCCAGGGUGGUUCAUGUUACAGCUUCUCACAUUACUCUUUUGAUUUAUUCUUUCUGGUAUAAAGUUACAAUUUUUUCAUUUACUGUUUCAAUGGUUGUGCUUUUUUUGAAGUAGAGAGCCAGGCCAACUUUAAAGGCCCUUUUGCGUGUCUAAUUAACCAAGGUUUACAGCCAUUCAUGUUUAAAUUCGGACCGGACCUUUGAUUAAGAAACCUUAAAUUUUAAGAGAG